UGAGAGAGAAGGGCGAUGGCUGAGGAGGUGACCUACGCAGAUAUCAAAUUCUCUAAAAUCCCAGCUGCGGGUACAGGAGCUCCCAAUUCAACAGCAACCAGCCCCCCUCUGGAAGACAAAGCAGUCCCCCCAGUCGAGCCCACUUCUCAGUCCAGGGUCACCAUUGCUCUGGGGGUCACAGUGGGGGUCUUGCUCUUGGCAGUGAUCGUCAUGGGGACAGCAAUAGGUCUACAAGUGCAUCACAAUCACAGCAGCUCCCAGUCGACCAGUCCACCCUGUCUGGAGAAUUGCAACGAUGUCAUCACCAGAGAGCUCAGCAAGUAUAAGAAGGGCCUCAGGCAGAGACUAUGUGUAGAUCCUAACACUGGCAAGGAAGUGGAGUCGUGUGCAGUCUGUCUGGAUGGAUGGAGGAAGGGAUACAAUGGAAGCUGUUAUUUCUUAUCCACUGAGCAGAAGUCCUGGAACUUUGCUAACGAGUCCUGUUCCAAACUCGGUGCUCAUCUUGCUGUGAUUGAGAACAAGGAGGAGCUGGACACCAUACACAGAGCUAUACCAUCUAACAGCAUUUGCUGGAUUGGACUGCGUAGAAAAGAUCCUCACUGGCUUUGGGUUGAUGGCACUCAGCUUGAUGAGAAGAUUUCAGUUUCCACACAACACCGAGGGUAUCAUUGUGCCUCUGUGUAUGGAAGUGGUGUAUAUGCAGAGUCGUGUAACACAGUUUAUCCCUGGAUCUGUGAGCAGGAUGCUGUGCGCUUCUGAGUGAAUCCACAGACUCUUCACUUGAGGAACAGAGAAGAUCUCAUUGCAGAGCCUGAGUAUGAAUGUUAUGAAUCCGCAGAGCAACUCGCUGCACUUCUACAGCUCCAUUGAAGAGGAAACACAGAAAAUUAGCAGCAGGGUUUAGAACAGGGUUUCCUUUUUAAAGAGCAAAUCAAGACGUAACCGCUGUGUAAAUGGGGUUAGUUUUUUAGAUUUCAGAAUAUGUACAUUUCUUUACACUAUAUUUGAGUGUUUAAAUUAAUUGCUGCGACAAUUAAAAACAUACAAUCAGGAUGAAGUUUGCUUUCCAUGCAAUGUGAAUUCACCCCGUACCCUGUUCACAGUUUAGUUGUUGUCUUGCUGUAUUGAUUUAUAUUUGAUGUUAUUUCUAGCAGUGUGCGGAUGAGAAACCAUUUCAUUUUAUAUAUUGACCAAACAAGUGCUGUCCUAUUACUAGUUAGUUUACCAUUACUAGUGUUACUAGUUUAGUAAUGCUAAAGCUUUUCCAGUUUGCUUUGCAUCGAAUGCCGAUUCUGUUUUAAAUGUUAAACAUGUUAAUGGCUUACUUUUGUAAUGCUCAUCUCAGAUCUUCCUGUAGUAAAAUACCUUGUGGAGA